AUGGAGGCUUUAACCAGCUUGUCCACUAAGAUCUUUGCAAGAAACGACAACAAGACUCCACUACCCUCAACUUUAACUCAACUGGGUCGAUCUGACUUUGCCUUCUCACCAUCCCUGUCUUUCAAGAAAUUACCGUUUGAUCAGUUGGUUUCAUUUCGAUUCAUCGCUAAAUCUCAUGUGGCAUCUGACGCUGCUGAGGUAUCGACAGGGCUGGAAAAUGCUGUAGCUGGCUUCCCAAAAAUACAAAGAUCAAGGACUGCACAUGUGAAAUUCCAGUUGCAGAAGGAGUGCAGGUUUGGUGAUCAAUUUCUCCUGGUGGGUGAUGACCCCAUUAUUGGAGCGUGGAAUCCUGAAAGUGCUGCCCCAAUGAACUGGUCAGAUGGGCACAUCUGGAGUGUUGAACUGGAUGUGCCUAUUGAGUCCACAAUCCAAUUCAAGUUUAUACUGAAGCAAAGCAAUGGAGAUAUGAUUUGGCAGCCUGGUCCAGACAGAAUUUUCAAGAGCUGGGAAAGCGAAGGCACUGUUGUUAUUGCAGAAGAUUGGGAGGAUCCUGAUGCUCAGAAAAUUACAGAGGAGCAAGUUAUGCAACAAAUGGAGGAACUUAUGCCUAAUAUGAACAGUGGCGUAAUGUUUUCAGAAGAUCGUGUUCGUGUACCUAUGCAGGUGGUCUCUAGGGAAGCGGGAUCCAUGAUGGGCGAUGCUUCAUUUGGAGUUGAUGCAGCUAUGGAGUAGAGUAAUUUCUUUAUUUAUGAACCAAAAUGUUCAUUCAUUCCAUAUUCUCUUAUUACAAAUUUCUGCUCAUCUAAAGCUUGAGAAUGAAUUGCGUAACUAUGGAUCUUGUUUGGCUUUUCUGUCA